AUGGCUAGCCUUUCUAACGUCCAGUUGGGCGCAUCAAUUCGGUGCCUGAGGCACAUCUGCUUUACAUCGCAACCUCAAGGAAGCAUUGCUUUCGAUUUUCCAUCUCAUUCUCUCACGUCGCACCUCAUUGCCUACGUCCCUCGUCUAUCACCGUUUACGCCACCUAAAUCGACCCUCGCGCUUUCUGCACUCGACAACCACAUCACGUCUGACUACCGACGAUAUUGCAGCAGCUUACUCAAACUGAGCGCACCGCGCGACCGUUCCUCAUACAGUAAUACUGUACGAGGAUAUACCUGCACCGUGGAGCAACUGCGCAGUAGCUUGUAA